UAUUUAAAAUAAAUACGGAAAACCUUAUCUGAUUAGAACUGAAUCGCAUGAGCUCUGACACUACAAUGAACAUAUCACUAAUAUGUCGUACUACUUUAGCAUAGUUUAUUAAAUUAUUAAAACAAUUUUUUUACACAAACCAGACCUCAAAGUUAAGAAGGAAUUUUUUGUUGUUGUUGUUGUUCAAAAACGAAUACCUCAGUCAAAAGCCAUUCUAUCAUGUGGGAAACCAUAUGAAGUCUUCUGUCUUGAUGUAACGUCCUUAGUGUUGCGAGGUCUUUGGGGAAUUCCCGUUGGAGUACGAUAUGGGUCAAAGGUUUUAUUCAGAGCAUCAUUUUGGUUUAACAGUUCCCAUGCACUGAAGCUCGACAGCUUAUGAGCACUGAGCGUAGCUGUUUGUUUUAGAGGAAUAGAAUCUAAGGUACCCAUAAGAUCAUUUCUCACUACAGUUGAAAAUAGAGCGGCAGGGACAUUUAACAUUUUACACACUCUCAGGAAUCUGUUGAUUCCGUUUGGGGAUGUGGUCCAUUUCAAAUCUCUAAUGGAGUAACUCAUUAAAUCCGAAAUGUUAGAGUCAGGUUCAAACUCACUUCCCCAGAAAGUUACUCGUCCUGAUUUAUCCCAUUUUAUCAUUUCAGGAUGACACUUUAAAAACCCGAGCAAAUUGUGAGCUUUAUUCAUUUGAGUGGUAGGAAAUUCUUUCAGCAUUUUUAUAUCUGAUUCAGAUAACGUGAAUUUUUCAGGGGAACCAACUGGAGUAGACUCUGUGCUAGAAGGAGUUACAGGUGGAGGAGUUUCAUUAGUGGAGAUAGUAUUACUUUUUCCUAUGGAUGAUUUAUCUUCACCAGAAACCAUUCUAACGGAAAUAAGUUUAUCUAAAAUGUCUUUCAACUGAUUAUUUACACGUUUCAUUAAACUACUGUACAAUUGGACUUUAAUAUCCUCCGAAAUUAAGGAUCCAAAAACUGAUGUAGCUUCCUGAUCCUUGUCCGUAAAAAAGUGAGUUUUAGCAUGCUCCAUUGUGUUGGUCUUUUUUAGAAGCUGGGAAUACUCGUCUUCACUAACAACUCUCAUUUUUUGCGACAUUUUAAUAUUUAGUUUUUAAAACCCUAAGUGUGAACUAAUCGCUCGUCCUGCUAUUGCACCAAGAGCUGAAAGCACGGGUGUCAUUAAGAAUGGAAGAAAACCUCCUUUCUGUACUAAAUGUUCCUUCUUGCUUUUAUGUGAUUUUGACUUUUUUGAUAAUUCCCUGAUUUGAUCUUUGUGUUUGUGUAAUUUCUUUCUUGUUUCCUCGUCUACUUGAAAACGACCUUUUAAUAUAUUUACAGCAAUUUCACUUAGUGCUCGUAUCUCGUCCGGGGAUGCUUCCUGAAUGAUCUUGCUUGAUAAAUCGUUGAGAAUUUUUAAUGCUUUAGCAUGUGAGCAUUGCGCGUUGUCAAUAUGGAAUGAGAGCGGACCUAGGAGUAGGUGUAGGUAAAAUGACAUGAUUUUUCGUUUAUAAGUAAAGACUUUUCUUGAUAACUUCCAUUAUUCAACUGCUUAGCGUACGAAGCUUCAUACAGUUUUUAUCCUUUUUCCAGGGCACUACUAAUAGUCUAAAAAAUGAAGCAUGUUCAUGUAUUUCACCACGAACACUAUCACCGUGUGUUAGAGAAUCAAAUUGGUAAAGGCAUACCCGUGUUUAGAGGUUAUAGACAGAAAGGAGGUGGUCUAGGAAGUAUUCUGGGAUUUAUCGGUCGAUAUGGAUUACCGCUCAUUACCAAAUAUAUUCUACCUCAUGCAGCGCCUGCAAUUAUGAGUACAGUAUCUGAUAUUACAAAUGGUCAAUCAAUUAAAACAGCCCUAAAAUCCAAUGCUAUUAAAAUGGCUAAAAAGGUUGGAAAAUCUAUUCUUAAACCCCAAGCAGGAGCUGGAUUAGGUUCUAGAAAACGAAAAGCUUUACUAGGUGCAACGUCAGAAGAGUGUAAGGUGUUGCACGAAUCACAUCACUCGUCCAACCCAAAGAAAUCUAAAGCUUCAUCCGUAAAAUCGGGCAACAAGAGAAAAACACCAACUGCACCUAAGAAAAGAAGAUCAAUUUUUAGUAAACGGGAUAUAUUUGGAUAAUGGCAUUAAUUAACGAAUUCUCUCAACCGUCUAUUAGGGGACAAGUAGAGUUAUUUGGUCUUCCACCUACAGACACAACGGUUGAAUCCAGUUUCUACGCAGAAUAUAAACCUGUUGUAAAUAUACAAGAUAACGAUGCAAAAAUUGAUUUCCGAAUUACUGGAAAUGCAUCGCAAUAUCUUGACUUGUUUGACCAUUUCUGUUAUCUUAGAGUAAAAGUUGUUGCAUCGGAUGGAAAAGAUUUACCAGCAGCAGCAGAGGUUAGUACUUCUAACUUAUUUAUGCAUUCCCUGUUUUCGCAAUGUGAUGUUAGUAUAAAUAAUCAACUUGUUUAAACCAGCAAUACCUGUUACAUGUACAAAGCUUAUUUAGAAACAGUUUUGACAUACGGAACUGAUUACAUAAAUUCCCAAGCGACUUGUCCACUAUUCUACAAAGACACUGAUAAUGGAUCGCUGAAAGAUACUAACACAGGCUACAAAAAAAGAAAGCAAUGGAUUCAAGCCUCGAAACCGGUGGAAUUAAUUGAUAAAUUAAAAUUUGACCUUGCUUAUCAACAUCGAUAUAUUUUGAAUGACACAACAGUUACCACUAGCUGUUGAAACGUUUUCCCUUUUGUGCGGGGCACUUGCUUCAGGUAGUCCCGCGAUUAAUCCCAAAGUAAAAUUCCUUGAUGCGAGUCUAUUUAUUAGAAAACAUGUUUUAUAUCCUAGUAUUGUCUUGUCUCACCAAAAGCUACUUGAAGGAGGGCAUAGUGCUCGAUACCCCUUCAAAAAAUCAGAAGUAAAAUUUUUUUCAAUUCCAAAAUCGUCACAAUCCUUUAUCGAAGAAAACGUUUUCCUUGGUACAAUCCCAACUAGAAUUGUCAUCUGUCUAAUUCCGAGUAAGGGUUUUGUUGGGGACUAUGACGUUAAUCCUUAUGUAUUCCCCCAUUACAAUCUUAAUUAUAUAUCAUUAAGUGUGAACAAUGUUCCCUAUCCUAUUAAAGGUUUACAACUUGAUUUUGACAGUGAUAUUAAGUUAUUGCCAUAUUAUUUACUGUAUUGUUCUCUUGGAACAGCAGGACAAGAUCAAGGUUUGACUUUUGACAGAGAAGAAUUUUGUAGUGGUCAGACAUUUUUUGGAUUUGACAUUAAUCAGUCUACUGGGUCAGAUUCUGCACUACAGUUGGAAAAAAACGGAUGUGUAAGAAUCGAAUUAAAAUUUGCUAAGGCACUGCCUGAAGCGGUAAAUUGUUUAGUUUAUUCUGAACAUUUUAAAAUCUUGGAGAUUGACAGAUUUAGACAAAUUUCUGUACAAUAAUGAAUUCUUUACAACUUCGAUAUGCCUUAAUCAACUCUAUGAACCUUUUCAUAGCUGUUUGUGCCAAAGAUCAGUUAGAUAGUAUUAAUUCAAAAACGUUUGCAAUUAUUAGUAAUAACCAAUCUUCAAACGAGGCAGGGAUGCACUGGUUAGCUUUCUACAAAGAAACUGAAUCGUCUGUUCUAGAAUUUUUUGAUAGCUUUGGAAUGCCUUUAGGUUUUUUUGGAAAAGAAUUUGAAGAUUUUGCAUUAAGAAACGAGAAAAAGGUUAGACAGUCAUCAUCUCAAUUUCAGUCAAAUUCCAGCAAUCUGUGUGGAGGGUAUUGCUUAUACUUCUUAAUUAAUCGAAACCGUGGCUUGUCCUACGAUAAAAUUUUAAAUAAAUUCAACUCAGAAAAUACUCUUGUGAAUGAUAAAAUAGUAUCAAACUUUGUAAAAACAAACCUUUACUUUCCAAAAUGUUCCAAAUGUGGAAUCGAAUGUAGCGGAAAAUGUGCAAAUAGUCUCAGCGAUAUUUGUAUUCAGAAAAAUAGACAUUGCGUUCGGAUAUUUCAAACAAUUCAAUCAUGAAAACACAAACUUUUGAAAGAAAUCUACUUUAAUCCAAAACAUAUUGGAAGUUUUGGUGGACCACAUCGGUUAUCUGCAGCAACGGGAGUAUCCCUGAAGGAUGCUGUAACUUUUCUACAGCAUUAUGAAACAUAUACAACAAACAAAUCUGUGAAGCAUAAAUUUUUUAGACGUGAAAUGACUUCCCACGAAGUUGAUUAUUGUUGGCAAGCUGAUUUAAUAGAUAUAUCAAAAUAUUCAAGAUUAAACAAGGGAACAAAAUAUUUAUUAACAGUAAUAGAUACUCUAAGUAGAUUUGCUUUUGUUAAACCUCUAAGAAAAAAAGAUGGAAAAUCAGUAACAGAGUCUUUCAAGGAAUUAAUCCUAAACUCAAAUCGGAAACCAAAAUUCAUACAAACAGACGAAGGAAAAGAAUUUUUUAACAAACAAUUUUAUAAUUUAUUAAAGGAACAAGACAUAAAAUUAUUUCAUAACCAUUCGCCACUUAAAGCAGCAAUGGUCGAAAGGUUUAAUAGAACUCUGAUGACGAGAUUACAAAAAGUUUUCACAUAUAGAAAAACAAAUGUGUAUUAUGAUAUUUUACAAGAAGUAGUAGAUUCAUAUAAUGAGAGCAAACAGAAUUAUUGAAUGUUCGCCUAGGUCUGUCAACAAGUAUAAUCAGAUGGAUGUUUGGUUUCGGAGUAAUAAAGAUGUUCUUAUGAUGAAGCAUCAAAAACCGAAAUUAAAAUCAGGAGAUUUUGUUAGAAUUAAAAUAAAUAAAGCGCUUUUCAGGAAAGGCUAUUCCCCUACUUUUACAGACAAGAUUUACAAAAUUAGCGAAGCUCAUAACAGCAAACCUAUGACAUAUUCCAUAAUGGAUAAUUCAGGGGAAAAGGUGUUAGGAAUUUUCUAUCCUCAAGAACUAUCUAAAGUGUUAACCUAAGCUAUUUACAUGCAAAAUUAUUUGAAAAAUGAAAGCGGUCCCCAUUUCCGCUGGUGCGGAAAUGGGGACCGAGAUUCAUCAUACAUACGUCACGAUAGCAUUGAAAUUAUGUUUUGAUGCUGCUUUCACUCAUCUACUUAUCUCUUUCUUGGAAUUAUUAUCACCAGUUUCCUGUCAAGGUUACAUAUAAAAUCUAGCUGAGAUUACGAUUUCAUAAAUUUUAUUGUACAAGAAAUCGUGACAACUUACCUUUCAUCUGGGUUAUUGCCAACCGGGUAAUAAAUUCAAAUACCACGAGUGACUAACUAGUGUCAUAUUCACAGAAUCAUACAUCACCGUCACAUAAUAGAUUGUCAUAGAUCUUGUAGAGAGAAUUUCUGACUGGCUCAAAAAGUCGAUAUGUAUGGAUUCCAAACCUAGUUUGACGUUAUCAGUCCCCGGUCACUACCAUUUCAUUUCAUCCAUUUGUUUUGUACGUAUACUGACCAAGACAAGAGAAACGCAGGAAGGACUCGAGGUCAUAUCAUGUCACAUAUCAUGUCAAACUGAACGACAUGGCACAAUCCAUCCAUCGAGGCAGAGCUUAAUCUAACAGAAAUCCACCAACGGAUGAUGCACACUUUUAUAUUUUUGAAAGAUUGUUAUCAACCCAUCCGACUGGGGGAAUAUCAGUUUGGUAACAUGUUACUACUAAAUGGUAACGCUUUUAAUCCUUGGAAGUACAGUACAAUAAUUAGAAAUGGGGCAUUACAAUUUUGUUCAAAGUUACGUACGAGUAGAUAUUAUUUCAUAAACCGGCAAUUCAUACAUACCCUCCUAAAAAACUGGUAUUAAAUCAUUACCGACCGGAGUACACAUUUAUAUGACUCUAACGGCACUGGUAAUAACGGGCAUUAGUAAUGUCGUGGCAAAUUUCGUAAAUUUCACCCUACCACUCACAAACAAACUAAUACAAAUUCGGUAGGAAGUUACUACCAAAUCAAUACAAGUACCAGUACCAUCCCGGUAGCAAAUUACUACCACAUUUUUUAGCGUGUACACACAAACCGAGUCCUGCCACACGGUUGAUUACUCACUCCCAUUUUACAAAGUUAUCACGUACAUAUUCCCGUCAGAAACAGUGAAAACAAGGCAAGUGAUGAGUGGAUCGGAUCGGAUGCGGGUAUCACUUUUCACGUCAUCAGAUCAUUUCAUAUAAUCGUGACGAUUUGAACAAUAAGUUUGUUUUGACCAGGACGUUGUUUUUCCGACCGACAAACACAUCAACAUGUUUCGCGUCUUGAUUUUUAAGCGCAACGCAAAUAAAUAUAUUUUUCAGGAUGCAAAAUCGUGCAAACUUGGCUUGUCGGCUGUUGCAAAAUUUAUGAUAAUCGAUACAGCACGUGCAGUGGAGGAAAUUAGUACUGCAUUGAAAUUCUUGACGGUAUGAAAAUAAAAUAUCACUGUGAAAUGGACCUGCCCCUUUUCACGAAGGGAUGUUAACGUGCGAAUUUUUUUAUAUACGUUACGUCACACAAUUGGCAAAAUUAAAUCAAUAACCAACAAAACAAUUAGUUUCAGUUCUUUUUAUACAAGUUGUUUAUUUCGUCUUUUGUUGACUGUUUGAGCUUGAUAAUUAAAGUGACGUGUUUAACAUGAAAAUUUGUAACGACGAGCAAAGUGAAAAUACACGAAAAAUUAGUUAACAGAUUUGAUUGUAUUCGGUUUUAGUUGAAAAAAAUUCAGCUAAUUCGAAUCUGUUCGUUAACUUGAUAAUUAGCGAAUUUAGUAAAUAAUCAACAAGUGUGUUAAUUUAUUUGCGUAUGAAGCUCUUUUUUAUGCCAGACUCUGAAUACCUAGUUUUAUACGUAAUAACUCUUCAUCACAUUUAAAAAAUUAUGUGAUCCGGCGGAACACUCGCUCAUAAAUCAGAAGCAUUUCGUUUAACAUUUAAUAGAAUUAAGAAUUGCAAAAUUGAGAAUUGCAAAAUAUUGAGUAUUUAACAAUUCUUCAAAAAUAAACCAUUUUGAAAAAUUCUAGUCACAAAUUCCUAGACUAUAAAUAAUUCAGUAACUUGGGAUGGAAUGAUAAACACAUUGCAUUCUUACUAUCUAAAUUGGUAAUAAAUUAACACUAAGCUUCGAAAGUUACAAUUCGGUAACACAUUAUUAACACAUAUUUUUAAACCGCAUAUUACGAUUAUCCAAUCCAUCCAUUCAUGAGAAAAGUAUUUAUGCAUAUUAUUAAGAAGCAGAAAUUUCAUGGUGGAAGAAUUUUAUUUCGAUUUGACUUCCAUCUAAUUUUUUGCGUCUCAUCCGAGAAAGUAAGUUCACUUUGGAAUUGAAUUUCUUUAAACUUGAAUAAUUGCGUAAAACCGAAUUUUUCUGCAGGAAUCUACUAAAUCUACUAAUUUACCUGACGGGACCCGGUCGUAAUUUUGAACGCUUAUUAAAAUAUAUACAACGAAAUAGCGUCAUCUUAACGAUUUUGACGUAUGAUGGAUUAAAAUUUCCGCAAUUUUGUCUACAUUUUAAAAAAUCCUGCGGCUUUUUAAACCGUAGCAAAUAAGUAUAUGCGCUUAAUCAAAAAUUGUGCAAAUUCUUCUAAUUUAAGAACAUGGCUACACGCUCAAUUCAAUUAGAGCACAACACAAAUGCAUUAUAAUUGUUCUCUAAUUCUUGAUAAAUAAAAGUGCAUUAUGUGCAUGCAUAACUAUUUAUGAGCAUUAAAAAAUUCUCCCCGCCCACAAUCACUGCACACAGUUUUUUUACGGUAUCAGUGAUAUCGUUAAAAAACUUUCCUUCCAACCGUUUGUCCACCACUCGUCACCAACCCAAGUUAAAUCACGUCAUUUCUAAUAAAACAAUGAAAUGGAAUGAACAACAAACCAUGAAAUAUACUAAAUUUUAUGAACAUUAUAUACAUAAACAUACAUUUUUUCUCACAAGUCGAGCACAGCGAUUACGUCUUUUCGAACUACAUGUUAAACAUAUAUGCUUGAUGUGAUGUACAUAAAAACAAAAUCAAGGAGUCACAGGGUCCAACAUUAUACAAGGUUUAUCAUCGUCUGCAUUCCUAUUUCCCAGGGACACGUAGAUAUAUACAUUCUUCCCAACCCUUUACCUAUAUAACCUCCCAUUGUUUCUAAUUUGUGACGUUUUCAAUUGUUCAAAGUGUUGAAUUACUAACCUACCCCAACCUAACCUAACAAAAAUAUGUAUAUAUACCCAUAUAUUCUGAUAGAUUGCCUAGUCACAUUUGUCAUAUUGGACUUGAAACACCUUAAACUUUUCAAGCAGCAUGCCUUCCGCCAGGAAAGUUGUUUCCAUUUUCUUCUUCGUGGUGCUAUUCGUUGUCCAAAAUUCGGAAUGCAAGAAGUUCGAAAUCAACAAGUUUAUCGAAGAACACGGGACCUGCAACGGAGAAACCCCAACCCUCCCCCUUGAUUGGGUCCCUAAUGCUCUUGCCGCUGCCGCAAAAUGCUUGGACAUCACGGAUGAAUUUUGUGCCAAACUUUGCUUGGCCUACAAUUACGACGGAUUCAUUGUGAACAAUAAACUUGACACGAAAUGGCUGAAGGGUAAAGCUAACGAUUUGGGCGUUAGUAAAGCCAAUGAAAAAUCAAAGGACGCCAUCGUUGCGGCCGUGGAUGGGUGCGCCAAGCCCAAUCCUGCAUACACAAGGCCAACAGCAAAAACUGAGUCAUGCCCGGAAUGGGAAAAAUUUGAUGUUUGCAUGGACGAAGCUUUCAAGGUUGCUUGCAAAGGGAAAAAGGGAAAAGGCAGCGAUGAUUUCUUGAACUAAAGUACACACCUUAUAACGUGACACUCAUAAAAUUACUUAUAUAUUUAGAAUGCAAUUUGCAGUGAAAUUAAGGCAAAUUCUAAUUAACUAACUAAAGGGUCGUAUUUAUUUGUGAACUGAUUUGAAUUUUAAUCUAAUCUGAAUAAAAAAAGAUCAUUCGUUAUUUUCUGGUAAAGUUUCA